GAGACCUCAUGGGACCAGCAAUCAAAAAUCUGGAUCAUCUAGUACGAUUGCCAACUGGUUGUGGUGAACAAAACAUGGUAAAGUUUGUUCCUAACAUAUUUGUGUUAGACUACCUAACAGCAACUGGGAGUAUAACUGAUUCAAUAAAGGAAAAGGCCCUGAACAACAUGAGGAAAGGAUAUGCUCGACAACAGAACUAUCGCCACCCAGAUGGAUCAUACAGUGCAUUUGGAAAUCGUGACAAACAGGGAAACCUGUUUUUCAAAGUGGAAUAG